AUGGCUACUAAGACGUUAAUGGCUUCGUGCCACUGCAAGAAUGUCCAGUUUACUGUCGCCGUUCCAACCGAAUGUUUUCCCUUGAACAUACACCUAUGUCACUGUAGCAUAUGUCGUUACACCCACGGCGCACCAUGCAGCUUUCACGCACCACUACCAGUUGGUGUGGAGCCUCAAUUUAUUGCACCAUCCAGCCUCAACAAACUGACUAGUUAUCGACACCCAGCAUCAACAGCGACGGGCUAUUUCUGCAGCACUUGUGGCUGCCAGAUUGGAGGAGCUGAUGGUCAAUGGGUAAUCACUCCCGCAAUCUUCGAUGCCAAUAGAGAGGAUGAAGGCAUUUGGAAGUUCAACGCCCAUAUGCUUCCGACCUCUGCACCGGACGGUGGUCUAGCAGCUGUGUUUUCGGUCAUUGACGGACAUCGAAUGGAGACCGAAAAUCUAGGUCUAUCUCCGCAGGCUAUAGCCGGGAGCGAUUCGCAGCCACCUGAUCCCGAAAGCAAAGAGCUCCUAGCGCAGUGUCAUUGCGGUGGAGUCUCUUUCACCAUUGCCCGCCCUAGCGAGGAAUUCGUCGCAAGUCCUCGAAGUAAAGGAUGGAUUUCAUCCUUGGACAAGAGCAAGUGGCUUGCAUCUAUGGAUCUCUGCGACGACUGUCGAUUGGUUACUGGCACACAUGUCAUCAGUUGGAUAUUUGUAUCCCUUGAUCAUAUCACGCCGCGUUUGCCGAAGAACUUAUUGAUCGGAUCAGCGAAGGGCUAUCGCUCCUCGAAAGAUGUACUCCGGGUAUUCUGCGGGACUUGUGGUGCAACUGUCUUUUAUCAUUGUGAUGGACGACCGGAGAUUGUAGAUGUGGCGAUGGGAAUCCUACGCGCGCCUGAAGGCGCUAUGGCUGAGAACUGGAGCGUGUGGAGAGCUGGGCGGGCAUCAUGGCCGGAGAACGGAAUGCGGUAUCACGCCGGAUUUAGCCGUGCGCUGAUCGAAGGGAUGCAGCGAUGGGGGGGCUGA